AUGUCGGGGAGCCGGAGCGGCGUCAGCACUGUGCCUCGCAGGCGUGGGUUGUCCCUUUAUACUCAGUUUGCAGCUACCUUUUUGUUCAUUAAUUCAAGGAAACGCUGCUUUGUACCGUCAAGUCAGCGACCGUGUUCAUCGCUGAGCGUCACCACGGGGACACACUACGUUCAAUUCACGCAAAAAUUGCAAACCCACCAAGCGCAAGGGAGCCUGCCUGCACCCCAACAGUGCCAGCCAGGCGUCUCCAUCCGACAUGCUGGGAAACAGCCCUACUGUGUUGCCACUGACUUUCCCUCAGAGGAGAGUCUGGUUCCCAGAGACAGGGACUCGGACCCUCACCUAGCAGAGAAGGUCCUGGAAAUUUCGUGGAAGAGGCGGGGCAGCAUGAGAUAUUGGGGAGGAACCUUCACGUGGGCUUCUGAGUACCAUGAUUGCGAGUGUGAUGGUUCCGUUUGCGAUUAUUUGGGCUUACGAUGUCCAGUUUUGGAUGAAAACAGUUUUUCAAUGCUGGCCACACAGUUAAUAAGCAUCGAUGAACUGAAUUCUCCCAUCCUUGAGGUCAUCCAAGGAAGUGGAAUCCAUGUUCAUAAUCACAUAGAUGUUUCUAAUAACACCCUCCUCCCAGUAAAGGAUGGGACCGACUGUUCCUGUGUUGACUGCCAGCCCCUGGCUCUGUCAUCUCAGGCAACCGUGAAGCUCCUGUUCCAGCGUCCUGCUCCAUACCACAGAGUUCCUCAGCUCCUCUAUGGAGAGACGCUGGAUUAUUUGGUUUUUGAUUAUCUCUCAGAGAUAACUAUGUGCCUUCUAGCUGCUGCAAAAGAAAAAUCUCCUAACUUGGGCUAUAUUCCUGAUUUUGUCCACACAGCUAUGGCUCCAUAUAUAAAGGACAUUCAUCAAAAAGGCGUGCGUGUGGUCGCUAAUGCCGGGGGCAUCAAUCCCCUCCAGUGUGCCGCUGCCCUGGGCCAGGUAGCCAAGAAGGCUGGCGUGGACUUGAAAAUAGCCGUGGUUACGGGGGAUGACAUCAUGGCAGAGAAGGAGACUCUGCAAAGAUCAGCUGUCACAGAUAUGGAGAGUGGGAAGAAAUUUCCAGAUACCAUUAAAAGCAUGAAUGUGUACCUUGGGGCAAGACCAAUCAGCCGCGCCCUGGACCUCGGUGCGGACGUGGUUCUGACAGGUCGCUGCGUGGACAGUGCGCUGGUGCUGGGGCCCCUCACUCAUGCUUUUGGUUGGAAAAGCAAUGACUUUGAUUUAUUAGCAGCUGGAAGCCUUGCUGGCCACCUUGUUGAAUGUGGUGCACAGAGUACUGGUGGGAUCUUCACGGAUUGGCAUUUGGUGCCAGACUGGCACAAUAUAGGGUUUCCUGUUCUGGAAUGUUUUCCUGAUGGACAGUUCAUCCUCUCCAAGCCCCCUGGCACAGGAGGAUUAGUCUCCUUUGGUACAGUGGCAGAACAGCUAUUGUAUGAAAUCGGAGACCCUCAGAAUUUCCUCUUACCUGAUGUAAACUGUGACUUUUCUCAAGUUACUAUUACUGAAAUUCCAGGUAUUGAAGGUGGAGCCGUGCGAGUACAAGGAGCAAAGGGGUCUCUUCCUUCCUCCUUUUAUAAGGUAAGUUCGUGUUACCAUGAUGGUUUCAGAGCCACCGCUGUCUGUGUCCUGGGAGGGCCCAAAGCAACUGAAAAGGGAAGGAGAACAGCUGAAAGUAUUCUGAAAAGAACCCGCCUUAUGUUUAAAGAAACUGGCUUGGACGAUUAUAGUGAAGUUCAAGUUCAAAUCUUAGGAUCUGAAGAAACAUAUGGAGCACAAGCUAAAGCAAAUUUAAAUGGAGGUCCUCGAGAGGUGGUCCUUUGGCUUUCAGUACAUCAUAGACAGAGGAAAGCAGUGGAACUUUUUUCAAAAGAAGUUGCACCAGCAGCAACUGGAAUGGCCCCUGGUCUGACAGCAGCAGUUGGAGGUCGUCCAAAAGUCUCUCCUGUUCUAAAACCAUUUUUCAUCUUAUAUCCAAAAAAGAACGUAAAGAUUGAUAUCCAUAUGAAUGGAGAACACGUUGAAACCUUUCAUGAAGAUCUCACCUUCACAGUGGAUACAUUGGCCUCACCAGUCUUACCCAAGAUAGCAGAUGACCUAAAAGAUCUUCCAGCUGGUGCCCUGACAUACCGCCUGGAAGAGCUGGCCUACACGAGAAGCGGGGACAAAGGCAACUCCUCAAAUAUCGGUAUCAUAGCACGGCACCCUCUUUACUACCCAUACUUAAAAAAACAUCUAACUGCUCAAGCUGUUGAAGAUUACUUCCAGCAUAUUCUGCAGAAAGAACAACCGGCAGGGACCGCAGUCAUAAGAUAUGAAUUGCCAGGAACAUAUGCACUGAACUUUGUUUUGAAAAAUUCCCUUGGUGGUGGAGGCACUGCCUCACUGAGAAGUGACCCACAGGGUAAAGCACUUGGACAAAUGAUACUGGACUUCCAGAUAAAGAAUGUUCCUGAUUUAAAGUCAUUAAUAGGUGAAUAAGUGAGCUUUAACAUUGGAAAGCUUUACAGCUGCAAAACAGAAUCAGUAUAAAAUAAUAUAGAAAGUAAUCACUAUGAGAAAAUACUAACUCGAUGAUUAAAUACCAGUAUCAGUUUUGUCAUUGGAGCAUAGAAGAGAAUAGACGAUUUUUUUUUAGAUUUUUCCCCCCAGCCCUUGCCCUUAGCUCUCUGGUUUCAUUCAUUUCUGUCACUUUGUUAAAUGCUUUUAUAAGUUAGCGCUCAUUUGAAUUUUUUAAAGCUGGAUAAAUCCUGCUGUUUUUAUCCUUACAGUAGACCUGAAUGCAGAAAUAAAGGAGCUGUGAAAUAAAGGAGCUAGAGCCAGCUGACAAGGGAUAAUAUAGAAUUCAAUUGAAAUAGGCAUGGGUCAUCCUAAGAACUAAAGUGAAAGGUUACACUAUUUAAAAUAUUUUAG